AUGGCAAAGUCCCCGCCACUGUCGGUUCUUCCUCUAUCCACGGUGCUGCGUAACCUAGCCACUACUAGCAUAUCAUCUUCUCCAAUUCUAUUACCUCCUUCCUUAGCAAUCAUGAACGUCCUCGCACACUCCAACCAGGCCCUCUUCAACCCGGAUAAAAACCCCUUACUUCGAUGGUUCUUGAAGAAGACAUUCUACGCGCAAUUCUGCGCAGGUGAGAAUGCGGCCGAGGUCCGCCACACCAUCGACGGCCUCAAGAAGAUCGGCUUUACGGGCGUCAUUCUAGGGUAUGCCCGAGAGAUCGUCCUCACCGAUAAGCAAACUCAGAAGCUCGCGUCGUGCGAAGAAGGACCAGUAGCUGAAGAAUGCGUGCGUAACGAGAUCGGCCCCUGGGCGGCGGGAACCUUGGAGACAGUGAAACUUGCGCAGCCUGGGGACUUUGUUGCACUCAAGUUUACCGGCGCCGGACGACAGGCUCUAUAUGCUCUAAAGAACCGCCUACCCCCACCGAAACACCUUCGCAAGGCUAUCGACGAUAUUUGCGCCUUGGCUGCGGAAAGGGAUGUACCUCUACUCUUCGACGCCGAGCAGAUGGCAAUCCAGCCCGGCAUUGACGACUGGACCCUGGAGUACCAACGCAAGUUUAACAAGAUCCCGGGCCACGCUCUCAUCUACGGCACAUAUCAGGCUUAUCUAAAAUCGACAGCAAAGACACUUGCCGAACACCUCGCAGUGGCCGCCAAGGAGGACUUUACGUUAGGUAUUAAGCUCGUGCGCGGCGCAUAUCUCGGCUCGGACCCGCGACACAUCAUCCACGAUACCAAAGCCGACACCGACGCGGCGUACGACGGAAUCACAGCGAGCCUAAUUUGCCGACAAUGGGGUUCCGUGCUGAAGUCGCCGGAGGAAGGUCUCAAAUUCCCGCGUAUCAGCAUCUUAUUAGGGUCUCACAACCUCGAGUCCGUGCGCCAGGCCCGGGCGAUUCGAGACAGCGAGAAAGCAGACCGCACUACCGAAUUGGCAAUCGCACAACUGCAGGGCAUGGCGGACGAGGUCAGUUGCGAAUUGGUAUACGCAUCGCGGCAGCUCGACGGCUACGUCCGAGAUAAGGGUGAUGUGCCGAAGGCCUACAAAUACAUCGUUUGGGGCACCACUGGCGAAUGCAUGAAGUACCUACUCAGAAGAGCGCACGAGAACAAGGACGCCGUAGCAAGGACGAAGAGCGGGCGCGAUGCCAUGUGGAAUGAGGUUAAGAGGCGAUUUAAGGCUUCGCUAGGACUAGCGACGGCAUGA